AUGUCCGCCUAUAUGCGCCCUCUUGCAUCUCUAUCGCGCACUGUUGCUGCUGCACAAAGGGUUUCUACCCGGUCGUUUCACUCGCCCUUCGUCGUACUCGGGGACUCUCCUAUAACUGCUCACCAUGCCCACGCUCCACCUAUAUCACGACACUACGAGAAAGAGCAUCAUCACGCUUAUGACCCUUAUGCAGCCCUUUCGGGCCAACGCACCUACGUCGUCUCGGAGCCCGACGCGUCUGCGAGCCAUUACGAAGUGCCAUCGGGUGCUUACCCUACGUCAUCACCAUAUAUCAACUUUACCGCAACGGAGGCUCCCAAAGUAGAGGAAGGACAGUAUAGCUCGACGGGUGGGAGUUUGUUGGCGCACCAGUUUACAACGAGGGCGGCGGCGCAGCAUAGGGGUGGGGUUGGGGAGAGUUCGGCGGUGAGGUUUGGAGCUGCGCCUGGGGAGAUGGGUGCGAGGGGUGGUGGGUAUGGUGGAGUGGGAUUGGUGGAUAGGAAGGGGACUGUUGCGGGGAAAGGGAGUCUUGGGGAACGCAAUCCCCCUCCUGAUGGCAGUAAAACUGCCGAGAUGUUUUCGAAAGCGGGUAUCGACGACGCGUGGAAGUUGAGGAAGUAG